AUGGGCUUUGUCUAUGUCGUCAAUCCUCCCGAAAUUCCUCGCGUUGCCUUUGGCUCCAGCAUGGAACGUGAAACUUUGCCUUUACGAGGACCUUGUUUAACUUCAUUUAUGCGACAACAUCAAGGAGAUGUAUUCCUAAGUCCUGGACCUAUGGCUCGAGUAGAUGAAAGAGAUCAUUUGGAAAUUAAGUAUCCCUCCAAACUGGGCUAUAGUGCCUUUGCUAGUAAAUUAUUGCGUUUACCAGCGGCUGAGACCUCCAAUAAUCCCUGUGUAGGUACCUAUGAUGUGGACGUCAAGACACGAGAAAGAAAGGCUUUUAAGCCAUUUAAUGUGGGAGCAGGGAGAGCUGAAACCCCGAAAUUUUUAACACCAGCGCCCAACACCUAUGCCCAUCAUAUAAAACGUCCUCAGCUACAAAUAACAACGGCCUUUGGUAAACAACGUAAAAUCUCUCCGCAGGUACGAAUCAUAUGUUCCCCUCUCAAUAACGCUCAUUGUCAUAAAUGUGAACAACAGCCGCUUGGAGAUUAUUGGCGUAAUUUUGAAGAGGAUUUAGAUUUAUGCCGUCCCUGUAUGCAUAAAAUCGAACAGAAACUAAAAAGUUGCUCCUCCACCGAAUUGCAGCGUUUACGUUUGCGUCGCUUUCUGUUGCCCUAUCGUUUGGUGCGCUAUUGUGGUUUCUAUCAUGACCACAAUGGAACAACUGCAGCCACACAGUUAAUAACGACUAAAAUAUUAAAAUUUAAAAUUAACAAGGAAAAUUAUUUGUCAUUGUAUAUGUGAGGAUGGAAAACUGUUCGACACUUGUCACUUAUUUGGAAUGCAUCCUUCCUCCCUGUCUGUGUUUUAUUAUAGUUGUAAAUAAAUUUUUGCGUGAUGUUUUGUAA